UUGCCAACCACAUCCACAUCAGUCUCAAAGUUGAAUUUAAAAACUCACGAAAUUAUUCGAUUCCUGGUUGAAAUAAGAAACUACCUAAGUCUGGAGCCAAGUCAGGUGAAGCAACAUGCAUGCGAAGCAGGUACUAGUCUGUUUGGCCAGUGUCCUGGUCCUGGGAAGCCUGCAAGUAAUAGCGGCAUCGGAAACUGAAAACAAAACAGGUGAAUUCGUGGCCACCAAGGAAUGGCAGGUGAUUGCGGAAGGACAAGCUAUUCCAAAAGGUCUUCAUGUGCGCAUUAAUCUGCAAACCGGACUGAAGGAGGCCAAACUUCUGGACGAGAAUGAACGUGGCACGGCGCUACAAAGUCAACCGGAAGAUCAAAAGGAUCAGGAUGAAAAUGAACCCCUGGCCUUAGACUUUAAACCAGAUAUAAUUGAGGAGUCUAUUCGACGAGUGAAGGAAAAAAAGAAGAGCUACGCGGAAUUGCGAAAGGCCUACAAGGAAUUCCAGAAGAACUUUCGCACAGACGGAGAACUGAUCAUCCAGUUGAUUGAUCAGUACCGGAAUUUCAGCAAAACACCGCUGGAAUCAGAGAUGCGCUCUAAGCUUGAUUGUUUAGAGAACUUGGAGUAUCUGCUGCAUCAGAUAGACAAUGCCCUGAUGUUUAUUGAUAAUGGAGGAUUGGAUGACGUGCUAUUGCCCAUUGUGGUGAACGAUACCAAUAUCUCCUUGAGGGUUUCUGCCAUGCGCGUUUUGGGCUCGUUGGCGAGCAACAAUCCCAAGGCUCAGAUCAAGGUGUUCGAAAAGAACUUUGGAUCGCAUUUGGCUCAGAUUCUGACAAGCUCUGGAAAUGCUGGUGAGAUCUCCGCCGCGUUGCACGCUUUCGGGGCGCUUCUUCGGAAGUUUCCGCUUGCUCAGCAGCGAGUGCUCUCUACGUCUGGUACCCAGGCUCUGAUCAAGGUGUUGCGUAGUCCAGAAGUGGAGCUGCGGAGCAAAGCCAAGGCUGUAACCCUCAUAAGUGACCUAGUCCUGGAAAAACGAUCUGUACUGGAGGCAAGUAAGGAUGCGCCUGAAGCCGCCUCCACGAUGGCUCAAUAUGUGCUUCUGGAGUUCGAGCCCUGGCUGCAAUCACAGGGCUACUGCCCAGCAUUGGACAGUGUCCUUGCCAAGGACUUCUUGCAUCUCUUAGAGCAACCAGAGGUGGUGGAACAGUUUGCCACUGCCUUGGAUACCACCCAGGAUCUCUGCAUUGCAUCCUGGUCGCAAAGCUCGAGUCUCAGGCAUGCCCUGUUAACCAUUCGUAAUCGAUAUGCCAACAGCAAGGAUGAAUACCGAUUGGAGGUGUCCCAAGUCCUGUCCAAACUGUGCGAGAGAUUGUUUAACAAGCCCAAACACACCGAACUGUAAUCCUAGCUAAUAUUAUUUAAAAAAGUCUUAAUUUAAGCUGAGUGUGAAUGUAAUUCAUGGCCAAACAAUAGAUCAGAAAUAUUCAGGUUAAGUCAAUAUAUUAUAAUAACUAAGUUGCCAAGUACUUGUGAUGCGAAAAUAAUGCUCCCCCUGGGGAAAGUGUAUACUUUGUCAUUAGUUUAAGUACGCACUUUACCUUUCUGCUGCAAGUUAGAGGAUUCUAUAAGAACACUUAAUUUAUUUGUUUUUGAGACUGGAGAAUAAUUAAGCCAACACUAAACUAGGAUUUUCGGCAAUAAAACCUUAACAAACAAAAACCUUAAAUUAUUUAGCUUUAUUUUAAACAAAUUCUGAUAGAUAAUUUUAAUAUAACUGUCGUUUUAUUUGUAAAUAAUUUUCAAAGCUUGUUAAUACUUUUCCUUAACUACUUUUUUUCACAGGCAAGAGCACCACCUUAGAUUGCCAGAAAAUCGUUGGAGAUUUGCUAAAUCAAAAAGAAGAACUAUUUAUUAUUUUUAAGGCAUAAAACCAUUUACACUUUUAAAGUUAAAUAAUUUUUUCGGACAUUCCUUGUAUAGUCCCAUUUUGACACAACUAUUUACAUGACUUGUUAAUUUUUAAAAAUAAAACUACGACUGCUAUCAGAAAAAGAAA